AUGUGCGAACGAAAGAAAAAGGAACUGGAAGAGCUUAAUCAGCAAAUUUCAAAUUUUCCAAACGAUGAUGAAGAUGCACUUGAAGUUGAAUUGGAAGAAGCUGAGAAAAUCUACCUUCAAGUAGAUUGUUUGAUGGAAAUGAUCACAACUAUGUUAGAUGACCGAGGAAAAUGUUCAACUGAAUCGGUCAAAGAUGACGACAGCGCAAGCGGAACCGGAUCCUACAAAUCCACUUCCCAACGUGGUGCUGGUCGAAAACAAGAUACUUGCCUGAAGUUGCCGAAACUCAAUUCGCCAACAUUUAGCGGAAGGUAUGAUCAAUGGCUACCUUUCUUAGAUUCCUUUGAUGGAGCAGUUCACUCAAAUGCAUCGCUGUCUGAUGUUCAGAAACUGCAAUACCUAAAGGGUGCCCUCAAGGAUGAACCGUUUCGUUUGCUAUCACACUUGCCUACUACAAACGCGAACUACUCAGUCGCAAGGGAACUUCUAAAGGAUCGAUAUGCUGAUGUCAAGAUGAUCUCACACGCUCACUUGGAAGCAAUUUUUGAAUUCACUCCAAUGAAGCAUGAGUCAUCCGCUGCAAUACGUCGCUUGAUUAACACCUACACGGAAAACACGAUGGCACUAACAGGACUUGGACUAAAAAUUGAUCAAUGCGAUUUGAUCUGGGUUCACGUUUUGGCCAAGAAAUUAGAUCCUGAAACUAGAAGACAAUGGGAACUUUCCUGCGCGGGAAGUGACAUGCCAAAAAUCAAGCAGAUGAAGAAGUUCUUGGAGGAACGAUCUCGCGCCCUAGAAGCUACGAAGGACCUCCAGUUACCUUCAAUUCAUAGAAAAAAUCAUCAAGGAAGUUCAGACCAAUCUGGAAACUCUAAGAAAGAUGACAAGGUACAGACAUACCACACGAACUCUGCUAAGACGAUCAUCUGCCCAUGCUGCAGUGGUGAUCACCGCGUGUAUCAAUGCACAAAAUUUCAGGAAAUGUCUAUUUCCAAUAGAAGACAAGAAGCCAAAUCAAAGCGAUUAUGCUUCAAUUGCCUGUCCCUUGGACACCAAAAUCAUGAGUGCAAGUCGAAGUCAACGUGCCAAACCUGUCGAAAGGGUCAUCACACGUUACUUCACAUCCAUACAGACCCAAACAAGCAACCAGGACCUGAAAAUAAGUUUGCGGGUCAUGGGGGUACUACUUGUGCCACUACCAUACUGGGAACUGUACUAAUUGAGGUGAAAACUGCAAAUGGCGGUUAUCACAAUUGUCGAGCCUUACUGGACCUGAAUGCGGAUCUGAAUGCAGUUUCGUUACAACCAGCUGUGCUAACCGACUCAAGCUACCAAUCAAGAAAUUGA